AUGGUCAAUCAAGAGACCUAUGACAUUGUCAUCGUGGGCGCCGGCCCUGUCGGUCUGCUCCUGUCCCUGUGCAUGUCGCGAUGGGGUUACAAAGUCAAGCAUAUCGACAACCGUCCCGUGCCGACCGCGACUGGUCGCGCCGACGGCAUCCAGCCCCGGUCGACCGAGAUUCUGCGGAACCUGGGACUGAAGCGCUCGAUCAUGGCCUACGACCCCGCUAAGGUGUACGACGUUGCCUUCUGGGACCCCAAGGGAGACAACUCGGGCAUCUGCCGAACCGGUAGCUGGCCCAGCUGCCCUCGGUUCAUCGAUACCAGAUACCCGUUCACGACUCUGGUCCACCAGGGCAAGAUCGAGCGGGUGUUCUUGGAUGAGAUUGAAAAAGCCGGCACCACUGUUGAGCGACCAUGGACGAUCUCGGGCUUUAAAAAUAACGGGGCCAAUGCCGAGUACCCCGUGGAGGUAGAUCUCAAGUGCCUGGACACCAAUGUGAUCGAGACCGUGCGCACCAAGUACCUGUUCAGCGGCGAAGGCGCUCGUAGCUUUGUCCGGGAACAGCUGGGCAUCCAGAUCCACCAUAAGGACCCGAUCGCCUACGUCUGGGGUGUCAUGGAUGGUGUUGUGCGUACCAACUUUCCGGAUAUCGAGACCAAAUGCACAAUCCACUCUGAUGCUGGUUCCAUCAUGGUCAUUCCCCGCGAGGACAAUAUGGUCCGGCUAUAUGUCCAGAUUGCAUCGUCAAGCGAUCCAGACUGGAACCCUCGGAAGACCGCCACCGCCGACCAGGUUCAACGAACCGCAAAGAAUAUUCUGAAGCCCUACUGGAUUGAGUGGGACCGAGUUGAGUGGUACUCGGUGUACCCCAUUGGACAGGGCAUUGCUGAAAAGUAUACUCUUGAUGAGCGGGUAUUCAUGGGCGGAGAUGCCUGCCACACUCAUAGCCCCAAGGCUGGCCAGGGUAUGAACACGGCUUUCCACGACGCACUGAACAUGGCUUGGAAGAUCCAUGCCGUUGAGACUGGAUUUGCCAACCGCUCUAUUCUGAGCACAUAUGAGUCCGAGCGGAAAGAUAUUGCCGAGACUCUGCUGAACUUCGAUGCCAAGUAUGCUGCUUUGUUCUCCAAGCGCCGCCCGUCUGCCGGUGAGGUUGGCUCUGCCAGCCAUACCACGGUUGCUGCGGGUGGCGAGGAGGAUGAGUUUGUCAAGACCUUCAAGUCAUCGUGCGAGUUCACCAGUGGGUACGGUGUUGCCUACAAAGCGAAUGUCUUCAAUUGGGAUCAAACCCACCCUGCCAAGUCGUCGCUAUUCAACAUCCCAGGAGUUCGACUGACCCCGGGUCGGGUCUUCACCCCAAGCACUGUCACUCGCCUGGCAGAUGCCAACUUCGUCGAACUGGAACAGGAGAUCCCCACCAACGGCUCGUUCCGCAUCUUCAUCUUUGCUGGCAACCAGAACAAGACCAAGAAAGCCAUUGCAGACUUGGCCGCGAACCUUGAGAAGGAGCGUUCAUUCUUGUCGGUAUAUCGCCGGGCUGACGUUGCUGAUGUUUCCUUCUUCGAGCGUCAUAACCCGCACUCCAAGCUCUUCACCCUUUCCGUGAUUUUCUCUGCUGCCAAGAAUACUGUCGAUGUCGAGGCUAUUCCCCAGGUUCUGCGUGACUACCACCAUCAUCUCUACGCCGAUGAUAUCCCUGAUGUGCGCGUCCCUCAUGCUAAGUACCCUGCUCACGAGAAGCUGGGACUCGACCCUGAGAAGGGCGGCGUGAUCGUCACCCGCCCCGACAGCCACGUCGCCUGCACUAUGCAGCUGGUUGAGGGCAGUGGCACGGUCGAUGCGCUAAAUGAGUACUUCAACUCAUUCUCAACAAAAUCUCUUGGACAGGACUCGCAGCAGAGCCGCCUGUAG